CGUGGGAAAUUCGAAAUGCCUGGAAGGAAAGAGGCUUGUUGGACCCGUAUUCUAUCGGCCAGAACCUCUGGAAUAGCUCUUAGAAAAGUGAAAGUUGGGGCACGCCAAGAAAAAUGGCCGCAGAUAGAAUUUCAGCGGAUUGCCCAUGCUAGCCGUGUGAUGAAUACCCCCACCUAUGACAAGAUGUACAUGAAUUCCAUGGGCCACAUGGGCCCCCCACCCCCUCCCCAGGGUGCCAUGCUGUACCCCACCCCAGCACAAGAUGAGACCAGUAGAUGGAAUUACGUGCCAAUCUACUACUACUACAAUGACAAAGGACAAGCGAUGAUGUACCCCCCCAUCAGUACCCAGCCGUCCUACGUGCCCAGGCCUAAUGCAUACGGCAGUCCCAUGAUGCCAUCAGCAUACUACUCUGCCUCCAGCGCAUACACCACAGCUGGUGCUGUGUACAAGCCAGCCCCCAUGGUCCCCACCCCCACAGGGUCGACAGGGCCUCCGACUGGCUACCCAACCCCCAAUCCUACCCCAACCCCUACCCCCACUGCCACCCCCACCCCCUCCUUAAACCCUGCCCCAGCCCCGAGCCCUUACGCCAGUCCAGGCAAUGCCAUGACAGGAUUUGCUCCAACGCACCAGCCCUCCUAUCAACAUAUGCAGCCGACGAUGCACUCCUACCCGUCAGCAGCGCACCUGUACGGCCAGCAGGUGGUGCACAACACCACAGUGGUGCAGCAGCCGCAGAGGACGGUCUACGUCGUGCCUUCUCAGCAGAAAUCGGGCACCCAGGCGUGGGGUGGAGGGCCGACUUACAGAAGCAGCUACAAGCAGCCUCCAGCUCCGAACGCUGACUUCGGAACAGGCAUGAUCGCCGGGGCGGCCGCUGGGGUGAUGGCAGGGGCUCUGCUGGGGGCGACGUCACGGCCGCCCAGGCAUCCUGGUUACCAUGGCUACAGGUCACACCCACCUGGCCCCCACUGGUAGACUGGUGCUUCCAGGGCCGAGGGUGUUGAGAGUUAGUCAAGGGAGAUGAACUGACCCACAUUGGGUUUCCUGUUGCCAUGGCAACAAACCUGUGCACAACAUCGUGCGGUGCUACUAAUCAUGUCCUCCAGUUCACCUUGGGAAAAACUACCGAGCAGAACUCUCAAACCAGGCGCCUGUACCGUGGACACGCACGAGAGGCAACACAACGCUAAGGCUUCCACAGAGCACAGUUCAAAAGUUAACGUCGUAGAUGUAAAAGGAAGUGGAACGCGGAAAAAAAGGGGUUACUUCUAGAACGUGAAGAAUCACGCGUUGAGCAAGGCUCUUCUAGACAAUAGCAAAAUCAUGUAGUGAAUUUAGAGUGACUAAGGGCACUACUAUUAGUUCUCCAGCAUUCCCCGGGAUACAAUCGAGGUUUUAGGCGAGUUCUGUAAGUAGCGCUAUGCAUUUUUACGAUUUACUCACUCGUUCACAAGAACAUAAGUAUUAGGCAACUAUUUCUCAGAGAGGUCGGCAAGCAAUACACUGUUGGAGCAGUAUUAAGACCUUUUUUUAAGCUAUGUUUUUUAUUCUUAACAGAGAAGAGUUGUAUUUAGAGUUCUUUGUUGCUAUUUUUCUGAAUAUUUUGUCAGAGGAAACACUAUGAAAUGUGCAAGGAUGUUUUAUGGAAUAAUGAUUUGAUGAAUUGGACAUUUUUAAAGGCAAUGAAUUGAGCUGUAGUUUGAUUAUUAGUGGCAGAUGGUCUUCUGUUCCUUGGGAUGAGGUUUCGCCAUAUUUGGAACAGUGAAAUGAGAACUGUAGAAGGCAAUGAACUUAAGGAUUAAAAUUGAACACGUUUCAA